AUGGGACCCGUUCUCGCUUUCCUCCUCUUUUUUCGCAAGACAAGCUUGCUAACCAUUGCACCAUUCUUCUUCUUCUUCUUCUUCUUCUUCUUCUUCUUCUUCUUCUUCUUCUUCUUCUUCUUCAUUUUGUUGAUAUUUUCCUUUCUUUCGUCCAUCGAUUAUCCUUUCCCUUCUCUGCAUUCCGUCUUUUGCUUUGUUUUCAAUUUCUUGUUUGCUUUCCUUUCUUCUUCUAUCUUAUUUCAUCUUUAUUUUCUUUUACCAUUCUUCACGUUUUUACUUCCCAUCCAUCCUUAUUUCCCCCCUUGUUCCCGCCUUUUUUCGAAUUUCCAUCUAUUUUUUCUUCCUUUAUUUCUACCAUUUUUUCUUUUCUCUUCGCCAUGCUUUUCUUUCAUCUCUAUUUUAUUUUUAACUUUCUCCUUCUCUUUUAUAAUUCAUUUUAAGCUUUUCCCCUUCCUUCUCUUUUUCUGUCGAUUUUUCUUUCCGUGUGUCUUCUUUUUCUGCUUCGUUUUUUUUCAACACUCUUUUUCUUCAUCUUUCUCUUUUCCUAACCUUUUUAUGUUUCUUCUACUUCGGCACAUUAUUGAAAUCUUCUCUUUUUUCUUCGCCUCCUCCCUUCUUCUUCAUUUCUUUUCCUCCGCCUUUUCAUUUUUUUUUCACUUCUUUUUUCUUCCGCCUCUCCCAUUUCUUCCUCCGCCUUCAUUUUCCUUCUCUUCUUUUCACUUCCGCCUUCCUUUUCUUCUUCUUCUUCUCAUUUUCUUUCACUCCGCCUUUCAUUUUCCUUCCUUCUUUCAUUUUUUUCUUCUUCUCAUUUCUUUUCUUCUCCGCCUUUCAUUUUCCUUCCUUCUUUCACCGCCUUCCUCUCAUUUCUUUCCUUUUUUAGCCUUUCAUUUUCCUUCCCUUCUUUCACUCCGCCUCUCUCAUUUCUUUCACUCCGCCUUUCAUUUUCCUUCCCUUCUUUCACUCCGCCUCUCCCAUUUCUUUCACUCCGCCUUUCAUUUUCCUUCUCUUCUUUCACUCCGCCUCUCAUUUCUCUCUUCUUCUCAGCCUUUCAUUUCCUUCCCUUUCCUUUUUCACCUCCGCCUCUCAUUUUCUUUCCUUCUUCCUUUCAUUUUCCUUCCUUCUUUUCACUCCGCCUCUCUCAUUUCUUUCACUCCGCCUUUCAUUUUCCUUCUCUUCUUUCAAUCCACAUCUCCCUUUCCUUCUCUUCUUUCCUACCGGCUCUUGAAUCACAUUUUCCGUUCACGCAUUUCCUUUUCAUCCCAAACCUUUGACGAUCUGACUGACCUCCCACCUUUCCUUUUCCCUGCCUUUUGUCUCCCUUGUUUAUCUACUCUGACACAUCCCCCCUCUCUCCCCUAUCUAUCUAUCUAUUCUAUCUCUCCUAUCUAUCUAUCUUUUAAUUUUUCCUUCUCUCUCACUCUUUCUAUCAGCUGA